AUGAGCUCUGCAGCUGUGAAUUCGAGCUCUACGCCGUACCAACUCCGCCAAACUUCAUCCAAAUGCUGUUCGCAACCGCCGUUUCCGUCGUGCUCGUUGAGAAUCGCGCCCUCUCGAAGCGAGAAUGCGGCGGCCACGGCAUUUCUACAGAGAGACGCCAAUUAUGUAGCUCUUGCCAUGGGUUUACCUGUUCUCCGCCUUCUCAGAAUCAGGGCUCACGCAAUCCAUGCCCUUCCUGAAGAAAGUGACGAAUUAACAGCGUCGGAUCUGGAUCAAAAUGAAGAGGUCUGCAUCCAGCUAUCACCUCAGGGACAUCCAUCGCAGCACCCCUUCUCCAUUCUGAAUGUACUUGGUGUUCUGAGAUCAGGGGUUCUUGCUGCCCUUUUUCCACCUAAGAAGAAGGAAGAUGCCAUUUCAGAUGCUACUCUGGAAGAAGAUAAAAGGGAACUCCAACAGCAGCUGAAGGAGAAGCUAUAUUCUGUAGGAGUCCUGCAAGAAAAGAUCGAAUUGCUUACAUUGGAUAUUAGGGAGAAAGAAGAUACUAUUCGGCAUCUUAGUGUUCUACUUUCCGACAAAGAUAGUAAGCUAGAACAACUCAGCUCCGCGUAUCAGGAAUCUGACAACUGUCUAACAAGUUUGGAGUCAGAGAAGAAGCAAAUGCAGGAUGUAAUUUUGAGACAUUUAGAAAAGCUGGAUCUGCAGGAUGAGAUGGUGCAAGAAUUGAAUCUGGAGUUAAUCACUGUAGUGGCUGAGAAAGAUGAGUCAGUGAAGAAGCUUGAUGCCGUUUUAGCAGAAUAUAACAACUUCAAGUCCUCUAUGGAAGAGAAGGAAGCUUCGGAGGCAAAAGAUUUGGGAGAAAGGGAGGGGAAAAUUCACCUGCUUGAUAAACAACUUAAGAGCUUGUUGGAUGAGAAGAAGAGAGACAAGGUGUUAAUAUAUUCAUUGAGACGGGAGAGAGACAAUUUUAAAGAAGUGCUUAAUGUAGAAUUGAAGAAUAUGAAAAUUGUGGAAGAGGAUCUUAGAAGGACAAAGACUACGUUGGAGAGAUCAAGAGAUGAAACUUUGGAGCUGCUUAAACAAUCGAAACAGUUGGAAAGACUGUGCUCGGAGCUUGGAGAUCAGGUCUACAAAGCUCAGGCUGAGUCCAGGGAAGCAAGAGAAUCAUUGUACAAGAAACUUGAGGAAGCUAAAAAGGGAGAAGAACUCUUGUCCAAAGAACUAAGUUCCACAAAUGACCUUCUCAUUAAAUCAGAUGAAGAACUGCGAAUUAUGUCCACGGAAUUGACUGCUGCAUUGCAGAAAUGCAAUGGCUUGGAGGAGGAACUUGUUGACGCCCUUAGGAAAGCAGAGAUCGCAACGUCUGAUCUGAACGAAGACAAGAGAAUCAUAUCCUCUCUGAAGAAAGAGUUGAUGGAGUUGGAAACACAGAUGUUGGGAGACAAAGAAGCACGCGCAAGUCUUGAAUCGUAUUUAGAAGAGGCUACUAAGUCCCUCAAUGAUUUGACUCGGCAUGCAUCAAUGCUUUCCAGAGAGUUAGAGCUUGCUCAUUCUCAGGUUUCGAGUGUGGAAGAUGAGAAUGAUGACCUUUGUAAUAUCAUUGCUGAGCAGAAACAGGCUUUCUUAGAAUCUCGAGUGCACUUGGAAGACGCUUACAACCUGGUCAUGAAGCUCGCGAAGGAAAGGGAGAGUUGGAUAAAGAGAGGAAAGAAGCUGGAGGAAGAACUGACCUAUGCAAAGGGAGAGAUAAUGCGGCUGAUGAGGCAAAUCAAGUCUCCGAAACCUGCAGGUGAUGUCGAAGAGGUAGAGAAGGUCGACGUGGGGGGUAGAGCUGCAGGUGAUCCCAUCAAAAAGAUUCAUAGUUGA